AUGACUACCCAGAAAGCCGGCAAUGAUGCCCAGGUUGUUUCCACGCCUGACAAAAACGAAAUAGAUACCAAACCGGAGCUCUCAGUUGCCGAGGGCCAGGCGGACUUGGAUGUGGAAGAUGUUGUCAACGCGGCUGAGCAACAUGAGUUCUCUGCUGAGCAACUUCGGAAGUUGCUGUGGAAGGUUGACAGAAUUUUGCUCCCUGCCAUGUGGGUAGCAUCUGGGACCCAAUUCGCGGAUAAGGUAUCCAUUGCUACGCAAGCCACCUUCGGCCUCCGCGAGGAUACCGGCUUAGUGGGCCAGCAAUACUCAUGGUUAACAACGAUAUUCUAUAUUUCUUUCCUUGUUUCUGAGGGACCGGCCAAUUAUGUCUUGCAGAGACUCGCCUUAGGCCCUACUGUGGCUAUAUCGAUGUUUAUCUGGGGCGUGAUUGUCCUCUGCAUAGCCUUUGCUCAAAACUUUACACAGUUAAUGGUUCUUCGUUUUCUACAAGGCGUAGCAGAAUGUACUACGUACCCUGCACUUUUGAUCCUUACAGCUUCCUUCUACACAAAGCGUGAGCAUGCUAUGCGAUCCGUUAUCUGGGGUUCUUCCAACUCCGGGAUGGAUAUUAUCACUAGUUUGAUCAACUACGGCAUAGGAAUGGAGGCUCAGAAGCAUGCUGGAGGCCUGGCUGCUUGGAGGGGUAUCUCCUUGUUCCUGGGCUCAUUGACCAUCGUUCUCUCCUUCAUCACUUAUUACGUUUUUGGGACACCAAGAGAGGUCAGAUGGCUCAAUCCAGAAGAGAAGCGCAUGGUGGCUAUCCGUAUCGUGGAUAGUCAGACGGGCACAGAUGCGCAGAAGCGAGCCGAAUGGAAGUGGGAUCAGGUCAAGGUUGCAAUCAAGGACCCGCAGACCUACUUCCUAUUCUUCCUAGUACUCGUCAACUCUAUUCCAAACGGUGGUACGACCUCAUUUGGCAACCUUGUAUACGUCUCUUUCGGCUUCUCUGCUUUGGAUACCAUUGUCAAAGGCAAAAUCCCCCAGCAAUUGGUCUCGAUUACUUUUUUUAUCAUUGUCGGUUACUUCACCUUGAAGAAGCCUAACACUCGCUUCCUGUUUAUGAUGGCUUCGGUAGUGCCCUCCUUUGUCGGUAUGUUGGCUUUGGCAUUGCUCCCAAAAACGGGCUACCUCUGGGCUCGAUGGGCAAUGUUCUUAAUCACUAUUUUUGGCAAUGUCGCUGGCCCUCUAAUCUGGACUUUGGUGCCUUCAAACAUCGCUGGCCGCACCAAGAAGUCUGUUACCAGCACCGUUCUCUUCGUUGCAUACUGCGCCGGAAAUUCGAUUGGCGCUCAAGUAUUUCGCGCGCAGGAUGCUCCUUUGUAUAUUCCUGCCAUUGUUGUUUGCUCUACCAUGUAUGGGCUAGAAAUUGUUAUCAUGAUUUGCUGGAGAGCCUACUACAUGUGGGAGAAUAAGCGUAGAGAUAAGGCCGUUGAGGCGAUGGGUUUAACGAAGCAGGAAGCUGAACAUCAGGGCCGCCUAAAUGCCGAAAUGGAUAUGACAGACUAUGAAAAUAUUCAUUUCAGAUAUAAUUCCCAGCUGGCUAAUCUGGCAGACGUUAUCGAACUUGGGGUUCCGUUUACAGACCCGAUUGCAGACGGGCCUACAAUUCAGAGGGCCAACACUGAAGCGCUUUCCAGUGGUGUUACUAUUCGCGUUGUGUUGGAGUUGGUUAGAGAUGCUCGCAGCAAAGGCUUGACGACUCCAGUCCUUCUAAUGGGCUACUAUAAUCCUUUUCUAACUUAUGGAGAGAAACGAUUACUCCAAGAAUGCAAGGAAGUCGGUAUCAAUGGCUUUAUUGUUGUUGAUCUACCUCCUGAGGAGGCCGUUACCUUCAGGGACUUCUGCGCUCAGGAAGGACUUUCUUACAUCCCGCUGAUCUCCCCAGCUACAUCUGAUCAUCGAAUGAAACUCCUUUGCAAGCUAGCAGACUCUUUUAUAUAUAUCGUCUCUCGCAUGGGUGUCACCGGAGCAACGGGAACCUUGAGUGCGAGUCUCCCUGAGCUUCUAGCUAGAGUGAAGCGAUACUCAGCAAAUGUUCCUCUAGCAGUAGGCUUCGGUGUUAGCACCCGGGAGCAUUUCCUCGAUCUUGCUAAGAUCGCCGAUGCUGUUGUCAUUGGAAGCAAGAUUAUUGAGAUCGUGUCGCAGGCUCCCGCUGGCGUGCAAGCCAACAAGGUGCAGCAAUUUUGCGCCCAGGUGAGUGGUCGCAGUGAGACCUCGAGCCAUAGCAUCACAAGCGGACUCACUAUGAGCGAGAAUACGCCCGACGACCUGCAGUCCAAAAACGGGGAAGUGCGCGUCAAUUCUCCCCGUUUGGACGGUGUAGAGCUACGCCGGGUUGCCGACGAGGAUCCGUUGGAUGUUUGUGAGAACAUUCUACCUCCGAGGUUUGGAGAAUUUGGUGGGCAGUAUGUGCCCGAGUCUUUGGUGGACUGUUUGACCCAGUUGGAGGUAGGCUUCAGUAAGGUCAAAGAUGAUGCUGAUUUCUGGGAGGAAUACCGAUCUUACUACGAUUACAUCGGUCGGCCCAGCCGUCUACACCUCGCGAAACGUCUUACGGAACACACUGGAGGCGCCAACAUAUAUCUCAAGCGAGAGGAUCUCAAUCAUACCGGAAGUCAUAAAAUAAACAAUGCACUAGGCCAAGUUUUACUUGCCAGGCGGCUUGGAAAGACAGAGAUCAUCGCGGAUACUGGCGCUGGCCAGCAUGGCGUGGCUACUGCAACUAUUUGCGCUUUGUUUGGGAUGAAAUGUACCAUCUACAUGGGCGCUGAGGAUGCCAGACGGCAGGCUUUAAACGUUUUCCGAAUCAAGCUUCUUGGUGCCCAAGUCUUUGUUGUUGAGGCAGGGACAAAGACCUUACGAGAUGCAGUCAAUGAGGCACUAAGAGCCUGGGUGGCCAACUUGGACACUACGCACUUUGUCAUCGGCUCUGCCAUCGGGCCUCACCCCUUUCCCUUGAUAGUACGGACCUUUCAAUCUGUCAUCGGUAAUGAGACUAAGCAGCAGAUGCUCGAGCUAACGGGCCGACUUCCGGAUGCCGUAGUAGCUUGUGUUGGGGGUGGGAGUAAUGCAGCUGGUAUUUUCUAUCCAUUUUCUUGCGAUCCAAGUGUUACACUCCUCGGCAUCGAGGCAGCUGGCGACGGCCUGAACACAGCACGGCAUAGUGCCACUCUGACCACUGGCUCAAAAGGGGUGCUACAUGGGGUACGCACGUAUGUUCUCCAAAACGAGCAUGGACAAAUCCUAGACACCCAUUCAAUUUCAGCCGGGUUAGACUAUCCAGGCGUUGGGCCAGAAUUGAGUUUUUGGAAAGAUAGCCAGCGGGUUACCUACCAGGCAGCAUCAAAUGUAGCAGCCUUAAGUGGUUUUCGCCUCAUGAGCCAGCUGGAAGGGAUCAUUCCCGCAUUGGAAUCCUCUCAUGCAAUUUAUGGCGCGAUUGAAUUAGCCAAGAGCAUGCCAAAGGGAAAAAAUAUCGUGAUUUGCCUAAGUGGUCGCGGGGACAAGGACGUUCAGAAUGUGGCCGAUGAGCUUCCGAAGUUAGGUCCGCAGAUCGGCUGGGACUUGCGGUUUUAG